UUGAAAAUGCAAUAAGGAAGUGGACAUUUUUAGGAAAGGGGGAAAACAUCUUCGGACGGGACAAAUUUCGAACUUUUUAAGUUAUUUUCCGACCGUUUAACGUUCCGGGGGGUAUAGUCGUCGUGGACAUACCCGUAAGCCCGUGGUUACUCUUCACCGAUCCGUGGUUACCGAGAGUAGCUUGCUAGCUAUGAAUACAGACGUGGAAUUUCACAUAAGACAGAAUUACCCGUGGAAUAAACUGCCAGCAAAUGUCAAACAGAGUCUUGGAAACUCACAGCGCGAAUAUGAGAAACAUGUCCUACUGUACAGUAUCCGGAAUCAGCUGCGAUUCCGCAAUAACCUAGUGAGGCAUGUAAAGAAGGACGAGCGCAAAUACUAUGAGGAACUGCUGAAGUACAGCCGGGAGCACCUCAUGCUGUACCCCUACCACCUGUCCGACAUCAUGGUCAAGGGCCUGCGCGUCACCCCUUUCUCCUACUACAUCGGCAUUAUGGAGGACAUCAUGAACAGCGAGAAGAGUUACGACUCCCUCCCCAACUUCACCGCCGCAGACUGUCUCAGGCUCCUUGGAAUCGGGAGGAACCAGUACAUUGACCUGAUGAACCAGUGCAGGUCAUCCAAAAAAUUCUUUCGCAGGAAAACGGCGCGGGACCUGCUGCCAGCCAAGCCGGUGGAGAUUUCGGUGGAGCCGUGGUGGGUGGCACAGACGGGGUACAUCACCGAGGACGACAUCAGAAUCUGCUCUCCGGCGGAGAAGAAGGCGAUUGAUAAGAUGAUCGAUGCGGGUCCCCAGCUGGCCGGAUCGAUGGAAUACAACGUGGUGCUGAGUCUGUACAACAGGGGUUACAUAUACCUAGAUGUGCCCAUAUCUGACGACAGCUGUAUCUCAGUCCCACCUCUGGAAGGCUUUGUGAUGAACAGGGUCCAAGGAGAUUAUUUUGAGACGCUUCUCUAUAAAAUAUUUGUAUCUAUUGACGAGCAGACCAACGUGUCUGAGCUAGCUAAUGUACUCGAGAUCGACUUGGGCCUGGUGAAGAACGCUGUCUCCAUGUACUGCCGCCUGGGCUUCGCCCUGAAGAAGGGUCAGGUGAUCAGCCCAGACAAGCUACACCCAACUUGGAAGAGCGCUCCCUGUGUCAACAGGCUGAAAAGCACGAUGGACCCACAGAAGAUGCUGCUGUCCUGGGAGGGAGGCAGCCCGGUGAUGGAGGCGGGGUCUUCAGCCACUGACACGGACACCACCAGCCUGGAGGACCAAGACACGGCCAGCGUGAGCAGCCUGAGCAUCCCGGCCGGCCCCACCAAGAGGAUCGCCUUCCUGUUCGACUCCACGCUCACCGCCUUCCUCAUGAUGGGAAAUCUCUCGCCCAACUUGAAGAGUCAUGCGGUCACCAUGUUUGAAGUGGGGAAGCUGUCGGAUGAAACUUUGGACAGUUUUUUGAUGGAGCUUGAGAAGGUGGAGAGCACUGCAGAAGGGGAAGCUCAGAGGUAUUUUGACCAUGCACUGACCCUCAGGAAUACCAUACUGUUUCUGCGCUACAAUAAGGACCUGACCUCUGACCCCGACCAACAGCCAAACAUAGGCCUUCCUCUGGACCUGCUGCGCUGUGAGAGCCUCCUGGGCCUGGACCCUGCCACCUGCAGCCGCGUGCUCAACAAGAACUACAAGCUGCUCGUCUCCAUGGCGCCGCUCAGCAACGAGAUCCGGCCAAUCAGCAGCUGCACGCCCCAGCACAUCGGCCCCGCCAUCCCAGAAGUCAGCUCCAUAUGGUUCAAGCUCUACCUGUACCAUGUGACCGGGCAGGGCCCGCCGUCGCUCCUGCUGUCCAAGGGCUCCCGCCUCCGGAAGCUUCCGGACAUCUUCCAGGUUUAUGACCGGCUGCUCAUAACCUCGUGGGGUCACGAUCCUGGCGUGGUGCCAACGUCCAAUGUGCUGACGAUGCUGAACGACGCCCUGACUCACUCGGCUGUGCUGAUACAGGGCCACGGGCUGCACGGUCACGGAGAGACGGUUCACAUCCCCUUCCCAUUCGACGAGGAGGACCUCAAAGGAGAGUUCUCCUACUCCAACAUGUGUGUGCACAAGGCCCUGAGGACGCUGCGGGAGCAGGUGGACCUGGAGCACCUGUGCGGCUACAUCACCAUGCUGAACCCCACCAACCGGCACCGCCGGCGGCUCAGCGAGUGCUCGGACGGGAGAGGAGACUCCGAGCUUGGCGGAGGGUUCGAUGCCAAUGGAAGCACAGAGUCCUUCGAGCUUGUCACCGAGGAAAACAAUGGUGAUGCGAACAAAAAGUCGGGAGCAGAAGUGCCCUCGUUGGAGGAAGAGUGGGUCCCACUGGAGUUGUGUUUCGGCAUGCCCCUCUUCAGUUCGGACUUGAACCGGAAAGUGUGUCAGAAGAUCGCCUCACAUCGGCUCUGCGGCAAGGACAGCCUUCAGAAACUCUUACAUUCCAGCCGAAAACUGUCCUUGAAAGUUCUGAGUUUUGUGCAGUCAUUCCAGGAGAGCGGCCAGCCUGCUGACCUGGAGGGUGGCGUCUCUGGGCCCCUGAGCCAGCCCUCGGCGGAGUCGGGCGUCCCCCUCCCGGCACGCAACCUCCUGUUCAAGGAUGGCCGCCUGAGCGAGUGGAGCGGCCGAGCCCCGCCACCUCUCCACAUCUCCGCCCUCCAGAAGGAACAGCCCGCCUAAAGCCCCGCCCCUUCUUCCUCUCCUCCCAGCCCUCCUUCCCUGGAAGAAAAAAAAAAAAAAUCCCAGUUACACCAAGCCCCUCCCCUUUCUGGUUGCCCGCUUUCAUAAAUACCUGGUGUUGCUUUGAGGUGUACAGAUAUCAGGUCUGUACCGCUGGUGAUGGUGACCCUGGAGGCCGCGAAAGGAAGCGCAAGGUAACGCCAGCGCCAUUUAUCGAGACGAGCGCGAUCAGGUUUUUAACCUUUCCAAUCUGAAAUGCUUUCUGUUGAAUGAGAUUAUGCAUAAAAUUGUAUAAAGUUUAAAAAAAAAAAUAGUCUAAUGCUGACCAAUAUGUGUACAUGGACUAUGCCUGGAAAAUAUUUGACUUCAAGGACCAAGCCUGUGGCUUAGUGAAGCCUCUCAGAUCUCCCACUGAGAUGCAUUCUAAUGCAUUCUAAUUCUCUGUGUUUUGUCUCAUGUAAGUAACAAAUGCAUGAUCCCGUGCAGAAGGUCUGAAGGGCAUGUGGAUCCACUCAGCCAGUGAACACUAUGUAGAUGGCAUUUUAAUUUGUACAGCACAGUGCUCCAAACUUUGACAUGUGAAGUAUUUAUGUGCUGAAGAAAACGCAUUUCCUGUACAUUGAUUUUUAUUUCUCUUGUGGUUUGAGUUCACCAUAAUUUCAAAAAAAGAGCAGUUCGUUCCCCGAACAGUAGGUGGCGCUCUUUGCUAUGGCUUAUGUCUGCUCGGUUUGGUUGGCUGUGGAGCGGUGUAGCCAAAUGCACUAUUUCUCUCAACACAACAGUACUUCCUCAAGUUGUGGGAACACCAAAGACCAGUCUCUUUGUUAAAAUAUGUUUUUCCUUAAUUUUUUCCUCCUUUCUUUCUCCUUGUUUGUUGCCUUAUUUCUAUAUUUUUAGCAGGUGCCCUGUAGAUUGCCAGCUCCACAUUGCCUGUAUCCCAGGAAUGCAGAGCAAUGUGUGCCUCACUUUAGUGAGACAGUGAAGCAACAGGUGGGAUUGUGUGUUUGCAGCAUUCUGGCAUACUGAAAACAUCUGGACGCAACCAUAUAUAUAAGAAUCAACAAAGCAUAUGUAUAUGUAUAUAUAUAUAUAUAUAUAUAUAUAUACUGUAUAUAUUUAUCACACAUAUUUUAGAGUUUAGUGCUGGUCUAGAGAUGGCAAUUUACAGGUUUGAAGUUGAUUCGGGCUUUUUUCCUCAGUUCUCUUUUUGCCUUUGAAGGAGCUGGCUGUGUUUCUCGUUUCUGACUCUCAUGUUUUCGGUUAUUAUGGUAAGCAGGAGGUCCUGGUGCAGCAUGAUGAGUGUUAGAAACUGUUCUGCGUGUGUGCGUGUGCGUGCGUGCGUGCGUGUGUGUGUGUGCGUGCGUGAAUGUGUAUGUGUGUGUACAGUUACACCUUUCACACCUCAUUACCCUGGAACUUCAAACCACCUUGACCACCCCUCCAUCCUCCCUCAUCCCUCAGUCCAAAAAGAAGUUCCUAAUACCAGUCCUUCCCCUGAGCCCUGCCCACCACCCCUCCCCCUUACAUUGAUCCAUCACAGUGUUGGAGAACUAAUUACCAAUAGUUUUAUAAUGUCAACCUGCAUUUUAGGAAUCUAUGUUGUUGCUUGUUUGAUGGGACUGUGAACAAUGCUCUUGUAACUAAAUGGGUACAAAAAAAGGUGACAUUCCUCUUCACACUUUCCAAAAUGAUAUGUGUUAUUAUAAAUUAAUGUAAAAAGUAUAAAAGAAUAUAAAUAAACACACAGAAAUUCCCCCAAAGGUUUUGAAAUCGUGC